GCAAUUAACUCGCUUACCGCUGAGCCAGUUAAAAUAAUCCGAGAUCCAGCCAAGCUUGUUUCUGGCGCAAGCGAUAACGCUGAGGACGAAAAUCGCCGUCAUACUGUUUCGCGAGCACGCGUGCAUCAAGCAAACACAUUCCCAGUAGUGCACUCAGACGCCGUUUAUGGCGCAGAGGACAACACAUUCAAGGUGCGGAAGUUUGAUGGUUUGACAGACAGUGGUGGUGUCCUUCAUAGACCAAGAAGUCGCAGCCCCUUCACUAAACCGGGUCUAUGGGAACCAAAUCCUGACGAUCCUCACAAUCGGGACCAUGCCAAUAAAUUUUUCUAUCAACCCCGUUCAGUUACAGCAGAUUGGCUUAACGGGCAGGUUACUUGGGGUGCUCACUGGGCUGUACCUGCAGCAUCAGUUGGGGGCACAGAUGGAUUCAGUGCAGUCCAUUUCCCAACUAUCGGCUCUUUCCUCAACAUUCCAGAUGAUUACGAUUGAUA